AUGUCGUCUUGCUCUCAGAUUCGCACUGGGCCGGGAGCGAAGGGCUUGCUGCUUUGUCACGCCGAUGCAGUGCCAGCUACCGACAGCCCCGACAGCCAGCCUGUUGUGACCUUGACCCGGCUCUCAGAAGAGCUCAAAUCAGGUGAGGUGAGCUUCGCAGUGGUGCGCAAGCUGGCGCUGCCCCUGAGCACAGCUGAGAAGCAGCGGGUCAGAGACUUUGCAAACAGGAACGUGGGCAGGCGCAUGAAUGAGCGCGCCAACAUCUUCAUGGCAGACCCCAAUGACUCCCGCCUGCAGCGCUUCAACUGCCUCGCACCCGUGUUUGGCGGGAACUUUGAACGGUUCUUCUGCAGCGAGUUUGUGGCACAGAUGCUGGUGGUGGCGGGCAGGGUGCACAGAAAAUCUGCCACCGUAGCCCUUGAUUUCCUGCCCAACAACUCGGACGGCCGCGUGCUCCGUGCGCCCAUCGCGCUGCAGUGCCCGCCCAGUCGCGUCAGCAGCGCCUUCGCGCGCACAAGCUCACCAAGCAAAAUGCAGGUCCAGAGUUAUGCCCGUGCCAGCCUGAACGUGUAG